UCUUUUGGGAGCCACCGUAACGAACUUAUUCCCUCUGUAACUUACUAGAACUAUCGAGAACAGUUCAGACCAGUCUCAAAUCUUCGCCCCAAAUCUCCUUCUCUCUCGAACCCUCUCAUCUCAUGUAUAAAUUGAAACCAAUCUUUCUCAUGGAUCAUCAUCAAGAUAAUCAGCAGCAUUCUAUUCAUCUGCAAGCUCUGUAAUUUUCGACUUCUUUAAUUGCGAAAAGUAUGGCUUUGACUCCAUUUUUCGGAAGGGGCAUCAGCGCUUGGGAUCCAUGGGAGAACAACCUCUUCGAUCCGUGGCUUCCAGUUUCUCGCGUGUGGGAUGCCAUGGAUUUCAGUGUGCCCACAGCGGCCUCUUCAUUUUCAAGGGACGCCAUGGCCGUGGCCAACACAAGGGUCGACUGGAAGGAAACCCCUGAAGCUCAUGUCUUCACCGCCGAUUUGCCAGGACUGAGGAAGGAGGAUCUGAAAAUCGAUUUGGUGGAGAAGAAUACCCUGCGAAUAAGCGGGGAGAGGCACAAGGAAGAGGAGGAAAAGACGGAUCAGUGGCACCGUGUUGAGCGGUCGAGCGGGCGGUUUAUGAGGCAAUUCCGUCUGCCUGAAAAUGUGAAUGUGGACGGCAUUUCGGCAAAGCUUGAGAAGGGGGUUUUGACUGUGAACGCUCCCAAAACACAGCCUGAUGCUGCUAAUGGCGGCGACGUUAAAAGCAUUGGCAUUGGCAGCGCUUAGAAUAUGAGAAUCGGACUGUGUGAAUGUAUCAGAUUUGGGUAUUAUUAGGAGAGUGUCAUGGCAUUUCUGGAAUAUUAUAAAGCACUACGUCUUGUACCCUUUUCUUGGAUUUUAAAUAUAGAACCGUUUUUGUUUCAGUGCCC